UCUCGGACGUAGAUAGCGCGUUUCCUCUCCGAUCCCGUUCGCCGAACUCCCUAGACCUGGGCCCUAGCCACCAGCGCCCGUUUUCUCUUUCCCUUCUUUUUCGCCCCCCCCUUCUCGGCGCCUGCGUAAGACCAAGGUUCUGCGACUUGCGAUCUCUCUCCCUCUCUCCUCCGGGCUGUAAUUCCCUCUCGUAAACGAUGCUUCGUCAGGUCCUGCCGCGUAGCGCGCGGGCCUUCCGAGCUUGCGCCACGUGCCGCGCCCCGCCAAUGGCCGGCGCGGCGAGGGGUCGAUGGUACAGCAUCAAGCCCGUGGCCGCCUCGGCCUCCAAGCCGCUUGACCUGGACCCUUCGCGGCUAACCACCACCAAGACGACGUCGCCCAAGACGCCCAAGGACCCGUCGCAACUCGUCUUCGGGCGCGAAUUCACAGAUCACAUGUUGACGGUCGAGUGGACGCAGGCUGACGGCUGGCUCGCGCCGUCGAUCCAGCCGUACCAGAACCUGUCGCUCGACCCGGCCACCUGCGUCUUCCACUACGCCUUCGAGUGCUUUGAGGGGAUGAAGGCGUACCGCGACGCCCAGGACCGCAUCCGCCUCUUCCGCCCGGACAAGAACAUGGAGCGCCUCAACAAGUCCGCCGCGCGCAUCGCACUGCCCACCUUCUCGCCCACCGCCCUCAUCGAGCUCGUCGCCCGCUUCGCCGUGCUCGAGCAGCGCUUCAUCCCCCGCGAGCGCGGCUACUCCCUCUACCUGCGCCCCACGCUCAUCGGCACCCAGCGCACCCUCGGCAUCAGCCCGCCCGGCUCCGCGCUGCUCUUCCUCAUCGCCUCGCCCGUCGGGCCCUACUACCCGACCGGCUUCAAGGCCGUCUCGCUCGAGGCCACCGACUACGCCGUCCGCGCCUGGCCCGGCGGCGUCGGCGACAAGAAGCUCGGCGCCAACUACGCCCCCUGCGUCGUGCCCCAGCUCGAGGCCGCCUCGCGCGGCUACCAGCAGAACCUCUGGCUCUUCGGCCCCGAGGAGUACGUCACCGAGGUCGGCACCAUGAACCUGUUCGUCGCCCUGCGCGACGCCGAGACGGGGCAGAAGGAGCUGCUCACCGCCCCGCUCGACGGCACCAUCCUCGAGGGCGUCACGCGCGACUCCAUCCUCGCCCUCGCCCGCGAGAAGCUCGCCCCCGAGGGCUGGCUCGUCUCCGAGCGCAAGAUCACCAUGCCCCAGCUACAGGCCGCCUCGGCCGACGGCCGGCUUCUCGAGGUCUUCGGCUCCGGCACCGCCGCCAUCGUCAGCCCCGUCCGCAAGAUCGCCUGGGGCGGCCAGAUCGUCGACUGCGGCCUCGCCGAGCACGAGGAGUCGGGCGAGGUCGCGCUGCGCAUGAAGAACUGGAUCGAGGCGAGGCAGUACGGCGACGAGGAGCAUGAGUGGAGCUACAUCUGCUAGUGAGAGAAGAGGGGAAGGAAGAGAGGGUACUCGUGUCAGUAGGGCAGGGCAAGUGACGUGGGUUUGGAGGGCACGGGGAUGGGACGGGGGGGUUCCCGGCGUGUAGGCAGCAAGGGGAAAUAAAAGAAGGGAGAAGGACGAAUCUGGCUCGGGCCUGUCCGGAGAGAGAGCUAGUUGGGCAUAGACGGCAUAAUCGGCGUGACGGCGUACUCGUUUGCAUGGCCUAAUUA